CAUAGCAAGGACAUGAUUUUCAUUCUUCAGUGAAACAAACAAAAUGGAGUAUUACAAAAUCCAGUUCGUCACUAUAGUCUCAUUCAUACUGUUGUUUCCAAACAUUCAAGCUUGGGGAGAAGAUGGUCAUGCCAUAGCUUGUAGUAUCGCUCAGUCUCGCCUUAGUGAUACAGCUGCAGAGGCUGUGAAACAAUUGCUGCCAAGUUAUGCAAACAAUGACUUGGCAAGUGUGUGUUCAUGGGCUGAUCGUGUGAGAUUUUAUCUUCACUGGACUGCUCCUUUGCACUUUGCUGAUUCCCCUGAUGGUCUUUGCAACUACCAGUAUAACAGGGAUUGCAUUGAUCAGAAUGGUGAAAAAGGAAGAUGUGUUGUGGGAGCAAUUAACAAUUACACCACACAACUUCUUGACUAUGGCAAAGACACUCAAUAUAACCUCACACAAGCCCUUCUUUUCCUUUCUCAUUUUAUGGGAGAUGUCCAUCAGCCUCUACAUGUUGGUUUUACCUCCGACAAGGGAGCAAAUUUAAUUAAUGUUCAUUGGUACACAAGGAAGCAAAAUCUUCACCAUGUUUGGGAUCAGAGCAUAAUUGAGACAGCAGAAGAAAGAUUCUAUGAAUCUAACAGAGAUAACUUCGUUAGUGCUAUUCAAGAGAAUAUCACGAAAACAUGGGCGGAUGAAGUUGACAAAUGGGAAGCUUGCAGUUCUGAUGAGACCACAUGUCCAAAUAUAUAUGCAUCUGAAGGUAUUAAGGCAGCCUGUCAAUGGGCAUAUAAAGAUGCCCCUGAAGGUUCUGUAUUAGAAGAUGAUUACUUCUUAUCACGUUUGCCGAUAGUCAAUUUGCGAUUAGCUCAAGCAGGAGUACGAUUGGCGGCAACCCUCAAUCGUAUUUUUCAGUGAACAUCUUCUUAUGUAAUUUGUUGCUGUCAAUUAUCAAAUGCAUUUACCGCAUAUUAAAUGAGAAUAAAGUUUCUGUAUUACGUACCCUGUGGAGGUUUCCUAUCGUUUUGGCCCUCAACCGGUUGUGUCCCAUCCAAUCCCAAAAAAAUAGGGAUACAACAAUAAAAAUGACUGAGACAAUGUAGAAAAAAUAUCACGUUA